AUGUCUGUUCUACGGAUACACGACCAAUGUACUCAACGAACGCCGAAUGAAAACGCCCACUGCGACGGAGAGGACCUCCCUCCCCAUCGCGCACAGCCUCCCUCGUCGCCCUCACCCUCCUGCUCGCCCUCCCAGUGCGAGGGAGCGCGGGCUCUACUCGCCCUCCUCCCACGCCGUCUCCGCGCGUCUCCUUCCCUUCCGCGUUGCUCUGCAUUCUCGCGAAAGCCAGAGUCACACCUCAGCCCUGCCACAUCGACUUGCUGUUCCCAAGCGUCCGACGCGUCGCCCGAUGACUACAAGCGCUGUCGGUGCACCCUCACGCCCGAAUCUGUCGAAACGGAGCCCGUCCUCAUCCCCAGCAUUCCCACUUCCUCCUCGCCUCUGACCUCGUCUCAUCUGGUCCUGGCAUCGGUAGCUGCUCCCCAUCGAAUAGCACAUGCCUUGUGAAAAGGAGGGUGGGAGCGAUGCCCCCACCCCCACCCCCGCCCUC